CACGCUGCCAGCGAGACACCAAACGAGCCUUUUCCUCACCAUGUCCCCGAGGCGCGACCCGAGCCAGCCCAGCACACUAUGAGGAUUGUGCGUUACAUGUUAAACUUGAGUUGUAGAGUCGGAGAAGUCACUCGAGCGAGAUAGCCGCAGCUCCUCGACUUCUUUCUUAACUUUUAUCCGCUUGAAAAAGCGCGAAAGCUCCGGUUGGUGACGGUUUUCAAACCCCGACGGCAAGAAAAACUCGAGCUGAGCCGGAACACUGCUGAUCGUCCGUGAAGGCUGAGUUUGGCACCAUGAGUUCCGACAAGAAAGUGGAGGACGAAGCGGUUUUGGACAGAGGAGCGUCCUUUGUCAAGCAUGUCUGCGAUGAAGAGGAAGUGGAAGGUCACCACACUGUGUACAUCGGCGUGCAUGUUCCCAAGAGCUACCACCGGAGGAGACGCCACCGACGCAAGUCGAGCCACAAGGAGAAGCGGGAACGAGCCGAGCACAGCGCGGAAGGAUACAAGUCAGACGGGGAGAACGCUGAUGAGUCCACCGCAAAUGUCCUCAAACCUCUCAUUUCUCCAGCCGAGAGGAUCAGGUUUAUCCUGGGCGAGGAGGACGAUGGCCCGCCGCCUCCUCAGCUCUUCACCGAGCUGGACGAGCUACUGGCUGUGGACGGGCAGGAGAUGGAGUGGAAGGAGACUGCCAGAUGGAUCAAGUUUGAGGAGAAGGUGGAGAAGGGUGGCGAGCGCUGGAGCAAGCCUCAUGUGGCCACGCUGUCCUUACACAGCUUGAUGGAACUCAAAACGUGCAUCGAGAAAGGCACCAUCAUGCUGGACCUGGAGGCCUCCACGCUGCCGCAGGUUGUCGAGAUGAUCACCGACAGCCAGAUCGAGGCUGGGCAGUUGAAGGCGGACCUGAAGGAGAAGGUCAUGUACACGCUGCUACGGAAGCAUCGCCACCAGACCAAGAAGUCCAACUUGCGCUCCCUGGCCGACAUUGGAAAGAGUGUUUCCAGUGCAAGUAGGCUGUUUUCCAACCAAGAGAAUGGUAGCCCAACCACCGCCCACCGAAACCUCACCUCCAACAGCCUGAGCGACUUCUCGGACAAACCGGAGAAGGAUCAGCUGAAGAAUAAGUUCAUGAAAAAACUGCCCCGGGAUGCAGAGGCGUCAAACGUGUUGGUCGGAGAGGUAGACUUCCUGGAAACUCCCUUUGUGGCGUUUGUCCGCCUGCAGCAGGCCGUCAUGCUGGGGGCUCUGACCGAGGUCCCAGUGCCCACAAGAUUUCUCUUUGUCCUGCUGGGACCCAAAGGAAAAGCAAAGUCCUAUCAUGAAAUUGGAAGAGCCAUUGCCACCCUGAUGUCAGAUGAGGUAUUCCAUGAUAUUGCCUACAAAGCGAAGGACAGGCAGGACCUGCUGGCUGGUAUAGAGGAGUUCCUGGAUGAGGUCAUAGUCCUGCCUCCCGGAGAGUGGGACCCCGACAUCAGGAUAGAGCCACCCAAGUCUCUGCCAUCCUCAGAUAAGAGGAAGAACAUGUACGCCGGAUUAGAGGCGCCUCAGAUGAAUGGCGACACUCCCCAUGAUGCAGGACAUGGCGGGGGAGGAGGACACCAGGUUGGAGAGGAGCUUCAGCGCACUAGAAAGUUUUGCGGAGGUCUUAUACUGGACAUCAAGCGGAAGCUGCCUUUUUUUGCCAGCGACUUCUAUGAUGCACUACACAUCCAGUCUCUGUCGACGAUCUUGUUCAUCUAUCUGGGCACAGUCACCAAUGCGAUCACAUUCGGAGGCUUACUCGGCGAUGCUACAGAAAACAUGCAGGGAGUGUUGGAAAGUUUCGUGGGGACGGCGCUGACAGGAGCAGUGUUCUGCCUGCUGGCCGGUCAGCCGCUGACUAUUCUCAGCAGCACGGGCCCGGUGCUCGUCUUCGAAAGACUCCUCUUCACCUUCAGCAGAGACAACGGCUUCGACUACCUUGAGUUCCGGUUGUGGAUCGGCCUGUGGUCGGGCAUAUUCUGUCUGGUGCUGGUCGCCACAGACGCCAGCUUCCUGGUGCAGUACUUCACGCGCUUCACCGAGGAAGGCUUCUCCGCGCUCAUCAGCUUCAUCUUCAUCUACGACGCUUUCAAAAAGAUGAUAAAGCUGGGCCACCACAACCCCAUUAACUCUGCUUACGACCCCAACCUCGUCACUCAGUACGACUGCCACUGCAUGCCGCGCAACUCCUCAGAACUCCUCAAUAUCUCCGCCUGGACAAACAGUACUGAUCUGCCAGCGAAUGCCACCUGGGCGUCCCUGACCAGGGAGCAGUGUCAGAAGUACGGCGGGCAGCUGGUCGGGGAGACCUGUGGCUACGUGCCUGACAUCACCCUGAUGUCCUUCAUCCUGUUCUUUGGGACAUACACCUGCUCCAUGGCUCUGAAGCAGUUCAAGACAAGCCGCUUCUUCCCCACCACAGUGAGGAAGCUCAUCAGUGACUUUGCGAUCAUCUUGACCAUCCUUCUCUUCUGCGGCGUGGACGCCUUCGUCAGUGUGAACACUCCCAAGCUCAUAGUGCCAAGUGAAUUCAAGCCCACGAGUCCCAAGAGGGGCUGGUUUAUUCCUCCUUUCGGAGGGAACCCCUGGUGGGUGUACCUGGCGGCCGCACUCCCCGCUCUGCUGGUCACCAUUCUGAUUUUCAUGGACCAGCAGAUCACUGCUGUGAUUGUCAACAGGAAAGAGCACAAGCUAAAGAAAGGGGCAGGCUAUCACCUGGAUCUGUUCUGGGUGGCCAUCCUGAUGAUUAUCUGCUCUUUCAUGGGCCUGCCGUGGUAUGUGGCUGCCACCGUCAUCUCCAUCGCCCACAUUGACUCUCUGAAAAUGGAGACCCAGACGUCAGCCCCCGGGGAGCAGCCCAAAUUCCUGGGCGUGAGGGAGCAAAGAGUCACCGGCAUCUUUGUGUUCCUCCUGACAGGACUCUCUGUCUUCAUGGCCCCUAUCCUCAAGUUCAUUCCCAUGCCUGUGCUCUACGGCGUGUUCCUCUACAUGGGGGUGGCGUCACUCAAUGGUGUCCAGUUCAUGGACCGCCUGCAGCUGCUCCUGAUGCCAGCCAAGCACCAGCCGGACCUGAUCUAUCUGCGGCACGUACCCCAGAGACGCAUCCACCUCUUCACCUUCAUCCAGGGUCUGUGCUUGGCCCUCCUCUGGAUCCUCAAAUCUACCGUGGCUGCCAUCAUCUUCCCUGUCAUGAUCCUGGCAUUGGUUGCAGUUCGCAAGGCGAUGGACUACGUGUUCUCCCAGCAUGACCUCAGCUACCUGGAUGAUGUCAUCCCAGAGAAAGACAAGAAGAAGAAAGAGGAUGAGAAGAAAAAGAAAAACAAGAAGAAGGGAAGCAUAGACAGCGAAAUCGAAUUCUCUGACUACCCCUACCAUGAAAAUAUCCCCAGUAUAAAAAUCUCUAUGGAUAUGAUGGAGCAGGAGCCCAUGUUGGGGGAUAAAUCUAUGGAUAGAGAUCAAUCCCAGACUUUCCUUAACACGCAUUCGCCGUGCUGAGCACUACUUUGAGUCUCCCACGGUGGCCGAGUAAUCUUGACAGAGGUUCUUACACGAAAGGUUUGCCUCAGAUCCGAAUAGACGGGGACUCUGAGGAGAACGGUUUCUUCUGGAAGAAGGGCUCUGAAACAGAUCUGUGAAUGAAUUUUUCCAAAGAUACAGCACAACUAACAAUCAUGACCAUCCUCUUUUGUACUAUCGUACCGCUUCGUAAUGGUGUUUUAAUAUUCCUCUUGUGCAGACGUAAAUCAGAAUGGCUGGAAGUAUUUGUCUUAAAAUUGAAGCAGUUUGGUGGUACUGAAUAUUAACGAGGGCCAUGCUUGAGCCUUCAUCUGCACGAGUUCUUGCAGAAAACAAAGGGCUACUCUAAUCAUCUGUAUGAAGUUUUUAGGGGACAUUAAUAUCUUGUGAAUGUGUGAGCUGAUCAUGUAUGAUAAGCGUCCAGCUAAAGACGUGUUCUCAUAAAGAUGUCCAGGAUCAACAGGUGUCUGAACUACAGGUGGCUUCACAGCUUCCACAACUGUUUUUCUUUCACCCUGUACAUAUCAGGAUGAGUUCACAAGUUUUUACAGAUUAUUUCCAAAUAACACCAAACAUAACCAGACUCUUAAUACUCUUCUUUCAAUAUUACUUAUAGACAUGAAGUCAGAACUACUAGAAGCUUAAGAUUUAAAAUGUAGCGGAGGUACUGCAUUCGGAGGUGAAUACACACAAGAAAACCUCCUUUACUUGUGAACAAAAGGGCUACAGAGGGUCAUCUGUGCACAGCCAUGAGCAAACAUUCAUUUUUGUAUUUAUGGGCAUAUUCAUUAUUUAUCGAGCGUCCAUCUAAGGCUGCACGGUCAUAAAACACGUCCAGAAGAUGAAGUGAGAAUAUCAUGUUUGUCUCAGUAUGACAGAAAAGAAAUCAUUGAACGCCUGACAGCCUGGAACUUCUCUUUUUUUGUGUACUAAUCUUCCUUUUUGUUCCUUUUUUCUAUAUUUAUUCUAUUUAAACUCGCGGCAAAAUGACUUGCUGUAUGAAUCUUAAUUAAGACUUUACCAUUUGACCCCCCGAUUGGUGCAAAUUGGAAGGUAUUCUCCCUGUGGUCUGUCCCCACUCGGCUGUCUCUUUCCCUGUUUUAGGGAGACAUAGAUGUAUUAAACCUGUUUGUAGCUCUACCUCUUAUUUUUCUGUAGGUGCCAGGCAUUCUAUAUUAAAAUCAUCUGUCGUGCAAUUAUUUGUGAUCAAACACUGAUUUUUUUUUUUUUUCAACUGGCACUGCAUAGGAUCUCUGAAUCUUCACUUUCUUCCUUCAUGAUCUGUAACACUUAUGAUGUUUUUAGACAUUAAGAUAUUUUUGUUUUUCUUGUUUGUCCAUAUGAGAUAACUAUGUAUGAUUUUUUUUGCAGUGUUUUUAAAGGGUAAUUCCACCAAAAUUAUGUUUUUACGUUUUUUUAAUACAUUUCUUUGUCCCACCAACCAAAAAUUUUAAAAAUUGCUAUUGCAAAUAAAACCUCAGUAAAAUGUAAAUUUUUUGAUGUUUCUUGUACUUAAGUUCAAAGGCAGUGAUGGCCUGUCUGUUUUAACCCUCUAUGAAUGCAGUUUAAUGUUCUCACACACUUGACUGUGAACUCAACCCCAAAAGCCUAAUUGAGUUGAUUUAUUUCCUUUAAAAUGUGAUCGUAUUUAAAAGCUUGUUAAUGUGAUAAAUUUUCAACCUUUGAGUCAAUUUUUGUUUUUUAAAUUAUGUAUUUUUUUUUUAAUGCAAACCAACAAACAAUCACUGUGAGGCAAUGCAACGUUGUGACUUCCAGUCCUGGAAGAACUACUGCUUUGUUGUAUACAGGGUAAAAAGCAUUUAUUUUUAAUUCACAUUUUGCUUCAACUGUCUUUAGUGCAUCAGUAUCUAAAUCCCAUCUAGAAGCAGUUUGAUGAGUAAUGUCUUGAAUUUCCUGUUUUAUUCAAAAUGACCUGAUCAUGCUUCUACUUCUGAUUGAAGUAUACACUGUAAGUUAAACUGCUUCGUCGAUCAUUGCAUAUCUGAGUGUAUUUCAUCUCAAUCAGCUGAAAUGUACAUGUAUUUCUUGAGGAACAAGGACUUUCACAAUCAGUGCUGUUUGAUUUGUAGCACAAAGAAGGGCUUUAAUCAGUGUUUUCACAAUCACGCCGACAUGUGAAGCACAAGACUGUUGAAGUGAUUUUGAACCAACAAUCAAAAAAAAAACACAUUGUCUUCCACUUUGUUCUGUAUGUGUAACUUGACUUUUUGACUUUGAGGUUCUGAUUCCACGAUUCAUGUAACGUUUUUCAUAUUUUAACUCUGAAACCAAUUUUAUACAAGCAUCUCAUGUACUCACUAACCACAGAUUACUCAGAAGGAAGCACAUGUAGGUGUUUUGUUUCUUUUUUUUAAUGGAGCAGUGUUCUGAAUGAGAGCAAUAAAACAGUCCAAAUGAUUCUUAAAAACA